AUGUCUUAUCCAGAAUACUUCCAAGGUAUCGGUGUUGUCGACAAGGAUAACUGGACCCACCCAAAGCAUGUUUCUUAUGCUGCCAAAGAAUUCAAAGAAUGUGAUGUUGAUAUUGAAAUUGAAGCUUGUGGUGUCUGUGGUUCUGAUAUCCACUGUGCUUCUGGUGACUGGGGUGAAAGACGUGAUAAAUUAGUUGUAGGCCAUGAAGUUAUUGGUCGUGUCAUCAAAUUAGGCCCAGAGUGUCACACUGGUUUGAAAAUUGGUGAUCGUGUUGGUGUUGGUGCCCAAGUUGCAUCCUGUUUAGAUUGUGAACGUUGUGAACAUGACAAUGAACCAUACUGUCCUAAAUUUGUCACUACUUAUAAUCAAGCUUAUCCAGAUGGAUAUAUCUCUCAAGGUGGUUACGCUUCUCAUAUUAGAGUCCAUGAACAUUUCGUUAUUCCAGUUCCAGAGAAGAUUCCUACCCAUCUAGCUGCUCCAUUAUUAUGUGGUGGUAUUACUGUCUACUCUCCAUUAGUUAGAGGUGGUUGUGCCCCAGGUAAGAAGGUUGGUAUUGUCGGUAUCGGUGGUAUUGGUCAUAUGGGUAUUCUAUUUGCCAAGGCAAUGGGUGCUGAAGUAUAUGCCUUCUCUCGUCAUGAAAACAAGAGAGAAGAUUCUAUGAAGUUGGGUGCUGACCAUUAUAUUGCUACUUUAGAAGAAGAAGGCUGGACUGAAAAAUAUUUCAAUUCCUUAGAUGUCAUGAUUUUAUGUGCUUCAUCUUUAUCUCAAAUCAAUUUGGAUGAUCUAAUUAAGGUCAUGAAAGUUGAAGGUAAGAUUAUUUCUAUUUGUGUGCCAGAAAAUGACGAAAUGAUGAUUGUUAAACCAUUAGGUUUAUUAGGUGUCUAUGUCUCUAAUAGUUUGUUGGGUUCCAGAAAGGAAUUGUUGGAAUUAUUACAUAUGGUUGCUGAAAAGGAUAUUAAGAUCUGGGUCGAAAAGCUACCAGUAGGUGAAGCUGGUGUCUCUGAAGCCUUUAUUAGAAUGAAGAAAGGUGAUGUUAGAUAUAGAUUCACUUUGACUGAUUUUGAUAAAGAAUUUCCAAAGAACUAA